AUGCACUUUGCCCAAGUCGCCCGUCAGUCCCACCGGGUCAUCGUCUCCCACCAACGAGGCAACGGCCACCGCCGUCGCCGCAGCUACUCGAGCUCGAGCAGCGACGCCGACCCAGAACAACAACCGCCUCGUCUCGUCUGGCCGGCCGACGCCAAGCCCACGCCCUAUCAGGUCCUCCACGUCGACGCGGGCCGUCCCUACGAAAAGACCAACUUUGUCCGGCUCGUCAAGCUAUACCACCCAGACAUGCACCGCAGCAGCAGCAGCAGCAUCCAGGACGGCACCAUGUCGCCGCAGACCCGGCUGCACCGCUAUCAUCUCGUCGUCGCCGCGCAUCAACUCCUCAGCAGCCCCGCGCAGCGCCGCCGCUACGACCUGUACAAGAUGGGAUGGCUGGCCCAUACCCCCCCAUCUGCAACGACACAAGAUCCGCCGCCGCCGUCGCGGGCCGAGACGUGGCCGCCGCGAACCGAGAAUGAUGAUGAUGAUGAUCAUGACCGGCCGUCACCGCUGAAGCAGGUACCCAUUUACAUGUCUAACCACGCCUUUGCUAUUCUCUUACUCGUGCUCGCCUUUGGCUUUGCCAUUGCCUCGUGCGAGCGCAUCCGUCGCGAGCGUCGUCGCCGCCGCGGGGGCGGGCUGGGCCGGCUGGUCGACAUUGUCGACGGCGAUAUUGUCCGGUCGCUGUACGGCGCGCAGCACUUGGUGUCGGGGAGGUCCAAGGAUGAGCGCAUACUGGCGUUUUUGUGCCGGAGACAUGUGACGGCGAUGGGUGGACGGCAAGAGGUCAAGGACGAGGACGAGGACGAGGAGGACAAAAAGGACGAGGUCGAGCAGCACCAGGGCGGGUUUUUACCCAUGGAUGAGCACUGGGAGCAAAACAUGUGUCGGCACUAA